CCAAGGCCACACCUUGUACUGCUUGUCCAUAUGACCAGACUCUCUGGCCCUGCUAAUCACCAUUUUAGCCACUGGAAGGAGAUGCCAUGACUAUUGCCUUCAUAGCCCUGUUCUAUCUUGGGCUGAUCCUGUUCUCCAUGACCCAUGUACCAGUAGAAGCUAUUGGCAAGCCCACACUCAGAGCUCAACCAGGCUCUGUGAUGACCAGGGGCAUGCAAGUGACCAUCUCAUGUGAGGGGACCUCAAGCGCCCAGGAAUACUAUCUCUAUAAAGAGGGCAGUCCAGAUCCCUGGCAAACACAGACCCCUCUGGAGCCUGGAAAUAAGGCCAAGUUCUUCUUCCCAUCUAUUCAUGAGAUCCAUGCAGGGAGAUACCGCUGUUACUAUAAGACCCAGGUUGGCUGGUCAGAGCGCAGUGACUUUCUAGACUUGAUGGUGACAGGAUUCUACAGAAAACCUAGUCUGUCAGCCCUGCCUAGUCCAGUGGUGAGAUUAGGAGGGAAUGUGACCCUUCAGUGCGUCUCCCAGCUUGGGUAUGAUAGGUUUGCUCUGACUAAGGAGGAACCACAGAAGUUCUCUUGGACCCUAGACUCACAGUACAUAUACUCUAAUGGCAGUUUCCGGGCACUGUUCUCUGUGGGGCCUGUGACCUCCAGACAGCAGAGGACAUUCAGAUGCUAUGGCUAUUACCUGAGUAAACCCCAGGUUUGGUCAGAACCCAGUGACCCUCUGGAGUUCCUGGUGUCAGGAGCACCUGAGACCACCAAACAACCACAAAACAUGUCAGAAGCCCUGACAGUCUCGCCACUCCAGGAUCACACAGUGGAGAACCUCAUCCGGAUGGGCAUGUCUGGCUUGAUCCUCAUACUUCUUGGUAUUUUGCUGUUUGAAGCUUGCCGCAGCCAGAGAAGAACCUUGACUGCACCCUAGAAGUGAAGAAGAGAGAUAGCAACAGGCCAUACAUGGUGUCUACAUCCAGGAAACAAAUUUGAGGGUCUCUGGUGUUUUUUUUUUUUAACAUAGAAUUCAAUGUUUAAUAUUGGGAAUCACUUGUGAGAAAAGAUCCAGGAGUCAAACAUAUUUUUGGUGCAGGAAAAGACCUAAAUGUUGGUGUGGAGAGCUCUUCUACCACAACAUUAAGGCUCUUAUCCUCUACCUUCCAGUGGACUUUGAAGGUUUUCCUUCCUUCCUUUUCAGUCUAUGAUAUGGGGAACAUGUUGUCCCAGCAGGUUUGAGUCUUUUCCUCUGUGUAUCUUCUGCUUUCCCCCAGUCUCUUGUCAUACUUUCCUUUAUUAUAAAUUACCACAUUCCCUAUUUUGCAUUACAAGCAUCUGCUUUUUCUGGAUGUUGUUACUAUGAACAAGGAAUUUGCCUCAGUACAACAUCAAUAAAAGAAUGAGCACAAGUCA